AAUGCCUCUGCAUCCUCCUGGUUUACAGCAUUUGCAUUACAUGUGUGGUGUCAGUAUAUAAGGGGGUGUUUAUGAGAGAGUGAGCUAGAGAUAGAGGGCGGGAGAAGCGAGAGAGAGAGACUGAGAGAAGGAGAUCUAGAAAGUGUGAAGGUCUACAUAGAUUCAUUAGCAAAAAGGGGAAAUCUAAUUUUGUCCAGACUGAGUCAACAACCGACCCACUUGUAGGAGGCUAUCAUAUCUGCCUGCAGACAACCAGUGGAUAUCAGUUCUCCUGUCCAUCGUGUGUGUGUGUACCACCAUGCCAACCUACACAGUGACGGUGGCUACAGGAAGCCAGUGGUUUGCAGGGACUGAUGACUACAUCUAUAUCACCCUGGUGGGAACAGAGGGAUGCAGUGAGAGGACUUUACUGGACAAACCACUCUACAACGACUUCGAGAGAGGGGCGGUGGACUCGUAUGAUGUGACGGUGGGGGAGAACCUGGGAGAGAUGGAGCUGGUGAAGAUAGAGAAGAAGAAGUACUGGGUUCAUGAUGACUGGUACUGUAAGUACAUCACAGUGAAGACCCCCUCUGGAGACUACGUCGAGUUCCCCUGCUUCCACUGGCUGGUGGACGACAAGGAGGUGGUCCUCAGGGACGGCAGAGGUACCUGUCUGUCGGCACUGCUGCCAAAGGAUGACAAGACCAGACUGGUGAAGCAACACCGACACAAAGAGCUGGAGAGCAGACGGAAAACCUACAGAUGGAGGGAGUGGCAGCCUGGAAUUCCUAUGAGUAUAGAUGCCAACACUCACAAGGAGCUUCCCAGAGACAUCCAGUUUGAUAGCGAGAAAGGAGUGGACUUCAUACUCAACUACAGUAAGGCGAUAGAGAACCUCUGUGUGAACCAGUUCAUGCACAUGUUCCAGUCCUCCUGGAAUGACUUUGCUGACUUUGAGCGGAUCUUCGUCAGGAUCAAAAACACCAUCUCAGAGUAUGUGAUGCAGCACUGGAAAGAAGACUUUAUGUUUGGCUACCAGUACCUGAAUGGCUGUAACCCAGUGAUGAUCCAGAAGUGCACCAAGCUUCCAGAGAAGUUCCCCGUUACACAUGACAUGGUGGCAGAUUGUCUGGAGAGAGAGAUGACUCUGGAGGAGGAGAUUGAGGCUGGUAACAUCUACAUAGCAGACUAUGAGUUGAUGGAAGACAUCAGUCCCAACAGUACAGACCCCUGUACUCUACAGUACCUGGCUGCUCCUAUCUGUCUGCUGUACAACAACAGCCAGAGCAAGAUCCUGCCUCUGGCCAUACAGCUGGGUCAGACUCCAGGGAAGGACAACCCUAUCUUCCUGCCCAGUGAUGGUCAGUAUGACUGGAUGCUAGCUAAGAUCUGGGUCCGCUCCUCUGACUUCCACAUCCACCAGACAGUCACACACCUGCUGAGGACUCACCUGGUCUCUGAGGUGUUUGGAGUGGCCAUGUUCAGACAGCUGCCUGCUGUACACCCUGCUUAUAAGUUGCUCCUUCCUCACAUUCGUUUCACCAUCGCCAUCAACACCAAGGCCAGAGAGCAGCUCAUCUGUGAGUUUGGCAUCUUCGAUAAGGCCAAUGGUACAGGAGGUGGAGGUCAUGUAGAGAUGAUCCAGAAGGCUAUGAAGUCACUGACCUUCAGGUCUCUGUGUUUCCCUGAUGCCAUUAAGGCCCGCGGGGUGGACAGCCCUGAGGACCUACCCUACUACUACUACAGAGACGACGGGAACAGGGUCUGGGAUGUCACCAAGAGUUUUGUGUGGGACGUGGUGUGUAUCUACUACGACAGUGAUGACACAGUACAGAAGGAUGAGGAGAUCCAGGCAUUUGUUAAAGAUGUUAGCAGCUUUGGGAUGCAGGACCUUGACUGCUGUGGGUUUCCCAAGUCCCUGAAGACACGCGAGGAGCUCACAGAGUAUCUGACUGUCAUCAUCUUCACUGCCUCUGCACACCACGCUGCUGUCAACUUCGGACAGUAUGACUGGUGCUCGUGGAUUCCCAACUCACCCCCCACCAUGCGGAAGCCCCCUCCCAGGCAGAAGGGGGUGGUAGAUGUGAAGUUCAUCAUCCAGAGUCUCCCUGACCGCGGCCGGUCCUGCUGGCACUUAGGGGCUGUCUGGGCCCUCAGUCAGUUCCAGGAGAAUGAGCUCUUCCUGGGGAUGUACCCAGAUGAGCACUUCAUAGAGAAGCCAGUGAAGGAGGCCAUGGAGUUGUUCAGGAAGAGACUGGCAGAGGUCAGCAAUGUCAUCAAAAUCCGCAACGAAGGCAAGAAACUACCCUACUACUACUUCUCUCCCGACCGCAUCCCUAACAGUGUGGCUGUCUGAGAAAGGAAUGCAGGGGAGAGAGCAAAGAGGGAUAGCUAUAUAGUCUGAUAUACAGUGAGUGUACAAAACAUUAGGAACACCUGCACGUGCUUUCCAUGACAAGGCAGGUGAAAGCUACGAUCCCUUAUUGAUGUCACUUGUUAAAUCCACUUCAUUCAGUGCAGAUGAAGGGGAAGAGAUGGUUUAAAGAAGGAUUUUUAUGCCUUGAGACAAUUGAGCCAUUCAGAGGGUAAAUGGGCAAGACAAAAUAUUUAAGUGCCUUUGAACAGUAUGUGGUAGUAGGUGCCAGGCACACCUGUUUGCGUCAAGAACUGCAAUGCUGCUGAGGUUUUUUACACUCAACAGUUUCCCAUGUGUAUCAAGAAUAAUCCACCACCCGAAGGACAUCCAGCCAACUUGACACAACUGUGGGAAGCAUUGGAGUCAACAUGGGCCAUCAUCCCUGUGGAAAGCUUUCGACUUGUAGAAUCCCAACCUGGUCUCAGAGCAUUUCAUAUUAUUCUGUAUGUAAACUCAAGACACUCCAUUUAGAAUGAUACGUUUGGUAUGGAUGCAUUAGAAAGAUGGUUACUGAAGUAUUUCUUUAUUUAACUUGGCAAGUCAGUUAAGAACAUAUUCUUAUUUAGGCAAAAAUGAAAGUAGGGUGGAUGGGUGGGCAUGUAACAGAAACGUCUAGCAACCCAAAGUUUGCUGGUUUGAAUCUCACAACUUUAGCAUUUUAGCAACUUUGCAACUACUUAGCAUGUUAGCUAACCCUUCCCCUAACCUUAACCCUUUUAGAUACCCUUCCCCUAACUCCUAAACUUAACCCUAAGCCUAGCUAACAUUAGCCACCUAGCUAAAAUUCGUAACAUAUACAUUUUCCAAAUAUGAAACAUAUUGUGCGUUUUUUCAAUUUGGAACAUUGUACUUUUUGCAAAUUCAUAACAUAUCAUAAAAAAUGGGACAUCUACAAAUGAAUACAUACCAUACGAAAUGGAGUGUCUUGGAUUUACAAACAGAAUAAUACAAAAUGCUCUGAGACAAGAUUGAGAGCCCAUGCCCCGAUGAAUUGAGGCUGUUCUGAGGGCAAAGGGGGGUGCAACUAAAUAUUAGGAAGGUGUUCCCAAUGUUUUGUAUACUCAGUGUAUUGUGAACAUUUAUGGUGUUGUGUCUUACAUACUGUGCUGCAAGUAUCAUUUGCUAUGAUAAGCACAUACCCACUGAUGCCAUUCAAAUUUUUUGCUAGCUAUUUCUACAGGUAGUCCCACAUUUAAAUAAUGUGGAUUUAUCUAUUCAACUUCAUUGGUGUCUAUUUCAAAUAAAAAUACUCAAAAUUGUA